AAUAAAUUAGAUAUGCCAACAUGGUUUGAAUUAGUGUCUCCCUUUUUAAUCGGAGGUAUCUCAGGAUGUACAGCCACAACCUUCGUCCAACCAAUGGAUACUGUGAAAGUGCGUAUUCAAGUCCGAAGCGAACUCAAGGGACAAGGACAAAGCAUCAAUGUCAGCACUCUUGAUAUUAUCAAAGACAUCAUCAAAACAGAAGGACCCUUCGGAUUUUACAAAGGGUUAGAAAUAAUAUAUAUAAUUAGAAUUGGAGCCGCUCUUCUGAGAUAAGUGACUUAUGCUACCACUCGUUUGGGAUUAUAUAGAGCCAUAGAUGAUCAUUAUAAAAGAACACAUGGUAGAAGCAUGAUCUUCUGGGAAAGAUGUUUAGCAUCUUCAUUUUCUGGCUUUGUUGGGUCCAUAGUUGGAAAUCCAGCAGAUUUGUGUUUGGUUAGAUUUCAGGCUGACACUCUCUUACCAGAAGCAUAAAGAAGAAAUUAUAAAAAUGUAUUUGACGCUCUCUACAGAAUUGUUAGCGAGGAGGGACUCCUAACUCUCUGGAGAGGAUCCUUGCCCACAGUCAUCCGAGCCAUCGCCAUGAACUUAAGUAAUCCAACAAUUGAUUUUAUUUUAGGCAUGUUAACAACCUACGAUCAGAUCAAAGACAUAAUCGUAUCACUUCAUGGAAAAGGAAAGGAAGACUACUCAGAUAAACUCUUGUAAAUUCCUCCCCAUAUUCCCAUAGGUCCUCUGCUGCAGCUGGUAUCGGAUGUGCCAUUGCUUCAUUGCCUCCCGACAAUCUCAAAACCAAACUCUAAAGAAUGAAAAAAGAUCCAAAUACAGGGCAAUUCCCUUACAAAAACAUUGGAGAUUGCUUCUUCAAAGUAUUUAUGUCCCAUUUACAACUUCUAGACCAUUUAAAGAGAAGGUGUGACAGGAUUGUGGGUUGGAUUGCCAGUUUUCUACACCAGAGUGGGACCACAUGCUAUGAUAACACUUUUGGUCCAAGAUACAUUAACUUAAAUGUGGAAUCCUCCAAAGAAAAAAAAUUGAUAUUCAUCUAGCAUAUAUUCAAUUAGAUCAUUAUUCUUAAAUAAAA